ACAGAUUCUUUUGACAUAUUUUCUGUUCCUGCUGGUAUUGAUGGAGGCUUUAAUCUAAGUAUGUCAAAAUGUCAACCUCAAAGACAGCAUUAUUGUACUGAUUUAAUGAGCCAUUUUCAGUUUCAUUGUACCAACUACGUGUACUGCAACUUGCAAUGUCUAAUAUUUGAGACAAGCAUAUGUUACUGUGGGGAUACAGCAGCUACAUAUACUGUAUAUAAAUGGACUUUCUAGCUUCUAUUUAUUUAUUCUUUCAACAUUGUGAUCCCAUGAUUGACAUGUACUUUUUAUCUGUAGAUGGAUUCAUUUUCUCGACCUGAAUUGUUUGAUUUCCACGGAGUCUCGAUGAUUCCCAUUUUCACUGAAAACUGGGAGAACAUUCAAAACUUUCAGGCCAGGCCGGAUGAUGUGCUUAUUGCAUCAUAUCCCAAAGCCGGGAGCACUUGGCUCUGCCACAUCACUGACCUACUGUAUUUUCGCCAGACGUCUCCAGAGCGUGAAAAAUCCCUUCAACUCCAUUUGAGAGUGCCCCACUUGGAGUCCAGUUUUGUGGUGCCAGGAACAGGUCCACCUCCGAAACGUUUUAAUGGAACAGAAAUGGUAAACAACCUCAAAAACUCCCCUCGACUGAUCAGGACUCAUCUUCCAAUCCAGUUUCUGCCAAAGUCCUUUUUGGAGCAAAACUGCAAGAUCAUCUACAUAAGUCGCAAUGCCAAAGACAGCGUGGUGUCUUACUUCCACUAUGAACGCAUGACCAUAUUGAAUCCAGAGCCUGGAGACUGGAGCAGCUACCUCCAAAGGUUCAUGGACGAAAAGAUGGUGUUUGGAUCAUGGUAUGACCAUGUCACCGGCUGGUGGAAGAAGAAGCAGACUCAUUCACAACUCCAUUACAUGUUCUAUGAGGAUCUGAUUGAGGACACUGGACUGGAAAUCAACAAACUCUGCCACUUUCUUGGUUUGUCUCCUUCGGUUGAGGAAAAGGAAAGAAUAAUGAACCAAGUGCAUUUUGAAGAAAUGAAAAUGAACAAAAUGGUCAACCAUUCAUCAGUUCGCAUAAUGAAUGUAAACAUUUCACCCUUCAUGAGAAAAGGAAAGGUUGGUGACUGGAAGAACCAUUUCACCAUGGCCCAGAACGAAGAGUUUGAUGAAGUCUAUGAGAAAAAGAUGAAGGACCCCACCCUGCAGUUCUGCACUGAACUCUGAAACAGGACUGAACAGGCUCUGAGCGUUAUUCAGGACUGAAAGAAGGGAUAACUAACACACAUGUGAAAGCAGGGGGGCGGAGUUUUUCUUUUUAAUAAUAGUCUCAUGUUAACCAAAUAUCUGAUAGUCUGACUGUUUGUGUGUCAUUACAGUCAAAGUGUAUGAUUGUUCCAUUUAUACUGAAACUCACAAAUUAUGAAUCAAAUGAAUCCAAAUAAAACCAAAACGGCUCAUUCAUAGGUUAUGUUUUUGUGUCUUGCUUAGAGACUACUUCACAAUCAGCAGGAAGGUUGCUCUACCCUAACCCUCCUAACACUGUCAGUGUGAAUCGGGUAAUAAAACAGACUGAAAUCAAUACCAAUGGGUCUAUGUGACAAAUAAAAGCAAUCA